AUGAGGGCCCCGCACACACCUGCCAGGGGAACCCCUGGAGAGCCAGCCUGUCCCGGCUCCGUCCCUCUGCCCACAGCCCCUGCAGGAGGAGAUGGGGUGUCUCAGCAGCCGAGCCUCAGGUCCCCUGGACGUGGAGUGUCCAGCUGGGUGCAGAGGCUCUUCCUCGUGCCCAGUGGCACUCACAGGGUCCUCCAUGUGCAGAGCCUAAGCCAGGGGCCCAGCAAGGACCUGGACCCCAUGCCAGGAGUGUCCUCCCGGGCCCUUGGCCACUCCUCAGUCUUGGCAGGAGAGGCCCCCGUGCCCCCCGCCUGCCCGGCUCCUGAGUCCACACGCCGGGUGUGUCUGAGCCAUGGGGCCAAAGUUCAGCAGCAGCAGGGAGGGCUGGAGCCUCGGCGGCUGGUCUCGGCCACAUGCAAGGGCUGGCACCUCCGCAGCCCCCAUGGGCCCUGGGACCCUCCUGCCCGAGGACCAGAGCCUCCUCUGAUCAGGCCACAGAUGCCAACCCCAGAAAAAGCCCGGGAGCUGGGGACCCAGCCAGCUGGCCCCCCGAAGACUGACCCCUUGGCCAGACAGCCCAGUCUGCCCACGCCCCCCAGCCCUCCUCACAGCUCCCCAUGCAGAAGCUCGUGCCCAGGCCUCUUCCCACUGCCUCCAGGCGGUGACCUGAGGACGGAUAGCGGCCAGGCUGCCCUGGCUCUGGGUGGGCGGCAGGGGCAUGAGCGCACCCCCACAGGCCCCCCAACCUCGGCCCCAGAUGCUGUGGGUGGCUCCCGGGGCCAGAGGGCUCCAUGCCGGGCGGGCAGGGGUCUGGGCUGCAGCUCCUGCCCCCCAGCUCUCGGCUGUAAGGACGGGUGUGAGGGUGGAAGGGGGGAGCCCCAGGGUCAGGGGUCAGCAUCAGGUCCCUUUGCUGGGGUCAUGGUCCGCGGGGCCACGGUCUGCCAGUCGCCGGCUGCGAGCCCCGAGUUAGCGAACGCUGACUCGUUACCCGAGGAGAAGCCGGGCGCCGUCAGCCGACCACCGCACGACUCGUCCGCUCUGUGUCUCUAA